AUUUUGUUGGUGGAAUCGACAACGAGGCUUGGAUUUUUCACAACUAGAAGCCUAUAUAAACAGUGACGCUUGCACAGGUGCAGGAGGAUACUUCUCGCAACAAAACGACUCUCUCAUUAAGAAACAUGAUUCGACGAGCGGCUUACUAUCAGGCCUGGUGCCGUUACAUCAAUUACAAACAUCUCCUGGACAGACAAAUCUGGAACCGAUUGGAACUUCAACGCAACAUAGGUUACCAGAAAGUCCGCCGGAUUCGGGCAGUGAACAUCCAUACAGUCCUCCACCUCAAGGAACCAUCAUGGCAGUCCAUUAUCCACAACCGCCGACUGCCCAGUACCAGAUAUUGGAUGACGCCCUGAUUUACACACAAGUGGGAUAUAAAAUUAUAUUUGAUGCCGUAUAUUGCACUGUUCUCAAAGAAUUAACGCAAUUUCACUUUAAUGCCAAGAUCAUAGCAUUAACCUUACCAGCCGAAGGUGUUGUAUACGCCGAUCUCCAAACAACCCAACAACAGCAGCAACAGCAACAAGCCCAGCAACAACAAGCAACACAGCAACUAACAACGGCCCCGAACAAAAAACGCAAAUUGACCAAUAGCCCGAGUGGCGUCAAAUUAGAACCGGUACCAAGUCCUGCCCCAUUGACCGCUCUUUGCUGCAGCGGCAACGAGGCAAACGAUGCAGCAGCAUUUAGUGCCACAGCUAACGCCUUACUGGUGGCAGCCAAUACGGGGGACAUGUCGCUGGAUGGACAUUCACAGGACAGACAGGUUCUUAACUUUUCUUAUAUGGAGGUUGAUUAUCUACCUGUGUUAGGUAUUCAAUGGACUCAUCCUUUGUCCUUACCUGUGUCAGUUCCUGAAGGUCCAACCCAGGCCUCUCCAAACAGUGCGAAUAGUGCCAAUGCAUCCCAGCAGACCUUCCAAUGCAUCCGAUUUUCACCAUUCAGGAAAACAUCCUGGCAUGUUUUGUGUGACCAAUCUCUGCGCGAACUGCCAACGCCGCACUACAGAGUGGACGCUGAUAAAGGAUUCAACUUCUCGCAGGCUGAUGAAGCUUUCGUCUGUCAGAAGAAAAAUCAUUUCCAGAUAACGUGCCAUGCUCAGCUUCAAGGCGAUGCCCAAUUUGUAAAAACAGCUGAUGGUUUCAAGAAGAUUAGAGCUUUUCAUUUGCAUUUCUAUGGAGUCAAAGUGGAAUCUCCCACGCAUACUAUUAAAGUAGAACAAAGUCAAUCUGAUCGCAGCAAGAGGCCAUUCCAUCCAGUGUUCUUAUCGCUCUCGGCGGGCGAGACCUCCAAAGCAACGGUCGCCCGUCUGCAUUUUGCGGAAACCACUGCCAACAACAUGCGCAAAAAAGGAAGACCUAAUCCUGAUCAGAGGUACUUCAGGCUGGUAGUAGCCCUGCACGCGCACACAACUUCGGGCAAUGGAACUGGUGGAGGUGGCUCGGAAUGUGCAGGCGAUCAGGAUGGUUAUCCGGUAGUCGCACAUGCCUCGGAACGGAUAAUUGUGAGGGCGUCUAAUCCUGGUCAGUUUGAGAGUGACGUGGAACUGUGCUGGCAACGAGGACAAGUUCCAGAUUCUAUAUUCCACGCUGGAAAAGUCGGAAUCAAUAUGGAUAAACCAGACGAAACUUUAGUUGUCCACGGUAACAUAAAAGUAAGUGGCCAUGUUGUCCAGCCUAGUGAUGCUCGAGCUAAAGAAAAUAUUCAAGAACUUGAUACGAGGCAGCAAUUGGAAAAUGUGAAGCAAUUACGAGUAGUAAGUUAUAGUUAUCAUCCUGAAUUCGUCAAUUAUUCAGGGAUAAUGGUAGAGAGUGAUACGGGAGUUAUUGCACAAGAGGUUCAACAAGUGAUUCCCGAAGCCGUUGCACAAGCCGGUAACAUCGUACUACCAAAUGGGCAUGUAAUUGAUAAAUUUCUAGUUGUUAAUAAGGAUCGUUUAUACAUGGAGAAUAUUGGAGCAGUCAAAGAGUUAUGUAAAAUGACCGAAAAUCUGGAGGAACGCAUUAGUGAACUUGAGAAAAUUAACCAGAAGUUUAACACAUUACGCCGAUGUUCAUCAUGUCGCAGUAAACAUGAUAAUGUUAAAAAGCAUAAAAAGUAUUUACGAACCAAGUCCAAAAAUGGCAAAUUUCUAUCAAGUCAACUGAUUCAAAUUAUAAUUGUUGUCCUCAUAUUCAUUUUAGCCUCUUGUUUAGCAGCUAUGUCCACAAUAUAUUUCUUCGAACAUUCGAAUCGGCACAACCGUGCCCAGCAACAUAUGGUGUCCACAAAUUUCUUAUCAUCACCAGACGAAGACAAAUCUGUGUGA